CCUAAAUAACAUCCAUUUUCGGACCUUCCGAGAAUAUUUUGCAGAAAGAGAAAGACAAUGGCGUGGAUGGCUUCUGGUCUAGCAAGGUCGUUUAACAUGCCGGCGAUAGACAUCGGUGUACUCCGCCACCGUGCUCCGAUCAUCGCAGGUAUAGGUUGCGCCUCCGCUGCCGGCACUAGCUUCUGGCGUUCUUCUCUAACUUCCUUCUCCAACCGGUCAACUCCAUUCGCUUGCCUCGGCAUUUCUACUGCCACUAGUAUUAAGGAAGCUGUUAAAACAGACAAGGCUCCAGCAGCACUUGGUCCUUAUUCUCAAGCCAUUAAAGCCAAUAAUACACUUUUUGUUUCUGGUGUUCUUGGUCUUAUUCCCGAGACAGGGAAGUUUGUUUCAGACAGUGUAGAAGAACAAACAGAGCAGAUUCUCAAGAAUAUGGGGGAGAUUUUGAAAGCUAGUGGAGCUAGUUAUUCCUCAGUGGUUAAAACCACAAUCAUGUUGGCUGAUCUGAAGGACUUCAAGAAAGUUAAUGAAAUUUAUGCUAAAUAUUUUCCUGCUCCAGCUCCAGCUAGAUCAACAUAUCAGGUUGCGGCAUUACCACUUGAUGCCAGGAUUGAAAUCGAAUGCAUAGCUGCACUUUAGUAUUUUUAACAUUUUAUGUAAUUUUAAUAAGGAAAUUUAUGUAUUAAAAUGUAUGAAAGAAUGUUUUCAAGAUUCUGAGUUUAAUUAAGUUUGGGUUUUAAUC